GUGGUCGCUCCCAGUCGAAGCCCUCGGCAGCCGGAGCCCUUACGUUUCCCGACAGUCUGACUCUUGGCCCAGGGAUAGUCUGUAGAGGAUGUCAAAUGAGAAAAUCCCCCACUCAAGUCAAACUCAGAAGCAAGACUGUUUACAGAGUCAGUAUAUCAGUGAUAAUGAAGAAAUGACAAUCAAGCAAGAAAAUGAUGGUGAUGCAGAGAUGGAAGACAGCCUCCCUUCUUGUUCCUCUGCACCUGAACCAUCCACUUCUGCUGAGGGGUGUCCAUCAGAAGUUCCAAGGAGAAGGCCUGCCUUGCUGCACAUCGACAGACAUCAGAUCCAGGCGGUGGAGCAGAGUGCGCAGGCCCUUGAACUGCAGGGGUUGGGUGUGGAUGUCUAUGAUCAGGACGUGCUGGAGCAAGGUGUGCUUCAGCAGGUAGACAGUGCCAUCCAUGAGGCCAGCCGUGCUGCUCAGCUUGCUGAUGCAGAGAGGGAGUAUCAGUCAGUUCUGGAUGACCUCACGUCAUGUACGACAUCCCUAAGGCAAAUCAAUAAAAUUAUUGAACAACUUAGCCCUCAAGCUGCCACCAACAGAGACAUCAACAGGAAACUAGAUUCUGUAAAACGGCAAAAGUAUAAUAAGGAACAACAGCUAAAGAAGAUCACAGCAAAACAAAAACGUCUCCAGGCCAUCCUUAGAGGAGUGGAAGUAAACGUUGAAAUAGAUCAUGCCAGUCUGGAGGAGGACGCAGAAGCGGGGCCUUCCUGUCUUGGCAGCAUGCUCAUGCCUGCUCAGGAGAUUGCUUGGGAAGAACUCAUCCGCACUGGCCAGAUGACACCUUUUGGUACCCAGAUUCCUCAGAGACAGGAGAAAAAGCCUAGGAAACUAAUGCUCAAUGAAGCAUCAGGCUUUGAAAAGUAUUUGGCAGAUCAAGCAAAACUGUCUUUUGAAAGGAAGAAGCAAGCUUGUAAUAAAAGGGCAGCUAGAAAAACUCCAGCCAUGGUCACUUCUGAGCUGAGCCCAAUGGUCAGUGAAAACAAACCAAACAAGAGAAGCAAUGUUCCCUUGAAAACUGACAAGCGCUUGCAAAAACAUAUAAGGAAACUCCAGAAGAGGGCUCUUCAGUUCCAGGGGAAAGUUGGGUUGCUGAAGGGAAAGAGACACUUGGAAUCUGAUAUGAGGCCAAAGGAAGAAGGAGACUCUGAGGGUGAAGAGUCUGAGUACUUACCCACUGAGCAGGAGGAAGCUGCAGGGGUUGACCUGUCUGCAGAAGGCACUGACUCUGAACAGGGGCCUGUGCUUAAGCACCAGAAAUGGCAGAAAAAAGUCUCAGUGCGGGAGACUGAUGAUGACUUUUUUCCAAGUUUUUGGGGAGAAUCUGAAGCCGCUAAAGGAGGAGGAGGUCGGAAAGUGGUGAGAUGCCGAGACGAUGGAGAUGAAAAUUAUUAUAAACAACGGUUAAGGAGAUGGAAUAAACUGAGACUGCAGGACAAAGCGAAGUGUCUGAAGCUUGAAGAUGAUUCUGAGGAAAGUGAUGCUGAAUUUGAUGAAGGUUUUAAAAUACCAGGUUUUCUGUUCAAAAAGCUUUUUAAGUACCAGCAGACAGGUGUUAGGUGGCUGUGGGAAUUGCACUGCCAGCAGGCAGGAGGAAUUCUGGGAGACGAAAUGGGAUUGGGCAAGACCAUCCAGAUAAUUGCCUUCUUGGCAGGUCUGAGCUACAGCAAGAUCAGAACUCGUGGUUCAAAUUACAGGUUUCAGGGUUUGGGUCCAACUAUAAUUGUCUGUCCAACAACAGUGAUGCAUCAGUGGGUGAAGGAAUUUCACAUGUGGUGGCCUCCGUUCAGAGUGGCAAUUCUACACGAGACUGGCUCCUCUACCCACAAAAAGGAGAAACUAAUUCAAGAUAUUGUUCAUUGUCAUGGAAUUUUAAUCACUUCUUACUCCUACAUUCGACUCAUGCAAGAUGAUAUUAGUAGGCAUGACUGGCACUAUGUGAUCUUGGAUGAAGGACACAAAAUUCGAAAUCCAAAUGCUGCCAUCACCCUUGCUUGUAAACAGUUCCGUACCCCUCAUCGCAUCAUCUUGUCUGGCUCACCAAUGCAAAAUAACCUCCGUGAGCUGUGGUCACUCUUUGACUUUAUCUUCCCAGGAAAGUUAGGCACAUUACCUGUAUUUAUGGAACAGUUCUCGGUCCCCAUCACCAUGGGGGGAUAUUCAAAUGCCUCCCCAGUACAGGUUAAAACUGCUUAUAAAUGUGCAUGUGUCUUACGAGAUACCAUAAAUCCAUACCUCCUGCGGAGAAUGAAAUCAGAUGUCAAAAUGAGCCUUUCUUUGCCGGAUAAAAAUGAACAGGUCUUAUUUUGCCGUCUUACAGAUGAGCAACAUAAAGUCUACCAAAAUUUCAUUGAUUCCAAAGAAGUUUACAGAAUUCUCAAUGGAGAGACGCAGAUUUUCUCUGGACUUAUAGCCCUUAGAAAAAUCUGCAACCACCCUGAUCUCUUUUCUGGAGGCCCGAAGAAUCUUAAAGGUAUUUCAGAUGAUGAACUAGAGGAAGAUCAGUUUGGAUACUGGAAACGUUCUGGAAAAAUGAUAGUUGUUGAGUCCUUGUUGAAGAUAUGGCACAAGCAGGGUCAACGAGUAUUGCUAUUUUCUCAGUCAAGACAGAUGUUGGACUUACUUGAAGUAUUCCUUAGAGCCCAGAAGUAUUCCUAUCUCAAAAUGGAUGGUACUACUACAAUAGCUUCAAGACAGCCCCUGAUUACAAGAUUCAAUGAGGACCCAUCCAUAUUUGUGUUUCUUCUGACCACCCGGGUGGGUGGCCUAGGAGUAAACCUGACGGGGGCAAAUAGAGUCAUCAUCUAUGACCCCGACUGGAACCCAAGCACAGACACACAGGCCCGAGAGCGAGCGUGGAGGAUAGGCCAGAAGAAGCAGGUGACGGUGUAUAGGCUUCUGACUGCAGGCACCAUUGAAGAAAAGAUUUAUCACCGACAAAUCUUCAAGCAGUUCUUGACAAAUAGAGUACUGAAAGAUCCAAAGCAACGGCGAUUUUUCAAGUCCAACGAUCUUUAUGAGCUGUUUAGUCUGACUAGUCCUGAUGCAUCCCAGAGCACUGAAACAAGUGCUAUUUUUGCAGGAACUGGUUCAGAUGUUCAGACACACAAACACCAUUUAAAAAGAAAACUUCAACUGGCCUUUGGAACAGACCAUAAUUUUCCAAUGUGCAAAACGAUCCCUGAUUCUAAUGCAUUUGCAAAUGAUGGCACAUCAUCUGAGGAGAAAUCUACAGCUAUUGGAGCUAAUGGAAAUGCAGUAACUUCUAAUCAAAAUGAUCCUUUGAGAGAUGCCCCUCAAACACCUAGGAAUCUAACCAGCAGUGACAGACUUGGAGAAGAGGCAGAUGCAGGGUCUCGACUGGAGGACUCAUCAGUGUUAACUGGAAAUGGGGAGUGUUCAAGUUCUCCAAGAAUCAGUAAAAUGGACAAGAUGUCUGGUGAGGAAAGCAUCAAUGAAAAGCAACAUCUUUCUGAAAAAAGAGAACGCUGCCAGGUUCAAACAGAACCUCUUUGGGAGAAUGAACAAAUGGAAAAUAAUUUUUAUAAGCACAAGUCAAAAACAAAACAUAGUGUGGCAGAAGAAAAGACCCAGAAGAAACUUCUGAGAACAAUACAAAAGCCUAAGAGCUCUAGGUGUUGCAAAGACGCCAAGUUUGAAGGAACUCGAAUUCCACACCUAGUGAAGAAAAGGCAGUACCAGAAGCAAGACAAUGAGAGUGAAAGUGAGAACAAGAAUCAGAGCAAUGAUGAUUAUGUUUUAGAAAAACUUUUCAAAAAAUCAGUUGGUGUGCACAGUGUCAUGAAACAUGACGCCAUCAUGGAUGGAGGCAGUCCAGAUUAUAUGUUGGUGGAGGCAGAGGCCACCCGUGUGGCCCAGGAUGCUCUGAAAGCACUGAGACUCUCUCGUCAGCAGUGUUUGGGAGCAGUCUCUGGUGUGCCCACCUGGACUGGCCACAGGGGGUUUUCUGGCGCUCCUGCGGGAAUAAAGAGUAGAUUUGGUCAGAAAAGGAAUUCCAGCUUCUCUGUGCAACAUCUUCCUUCAGUCUCUCCAAAGGAGAAGUGCCAGGACAACAUCAUGAAGAAGGAUGGAAAAGAUAAUGUUUCUGAGCAUGUUAGUGGAAGAGUGGAAGAUGCGGAGUCCUCAUCUGGGGUCCUCACUUCGUCCUCACUGCUGGCUAAAAUGAGAGCUAGAAACCACCUGAUUUUGCCAGAGAGGCUAGAAAGUGAAAACAUGCACCUUCAAGAGGCUUCUGCUCCACCGCCCUCCACCACAGAACAUGAUGACCUGCUGGUGGAAAUGAGGAACUUCAUUGCUUUUCAGGCCCGUGUGGAUGGCCAGGCCAGCACUCAGGAGAUACUGCAGGAGUUCGAAUCCAAGUUAUCAGUUUCACAGUCUUGUGUCUUUCGAGAACUAUUGAGAAACCUCUGCACUUUUCAUAGAACUUCUGGUGGUGAAGGAAUUUGGAAACUCAAGCCAGAAUACUGCUGAUUAACAUUAAUCUUUUAAUUGAUUUUUUUUCUCAUGGAAAUUUCCAAUUAUAAUUAGUAAUCAUGUUUGUCAACAGAGGUUGGCUGCAUUUGAUGUUUACUUUGAAUGAUAGCUAGUUUAUAAUUAAAACUUUAAGGGAGGAGAAAUUCUUUGAAACUUAAAAGUUUUUACUUGGGUUAAUUUUUUUGGUACUGUAUAUUAUGUUAUAAAAUCAGGGUCCUGUCUAGCUGAGUGGCUAAGUUGGUUAGAGCAUUGUACUAUACCCCAGAAGGUUGUUGGUUUGAUUCCCAGUCAGGACACAUACCUAGGUUGUGGGUUUAAUCCCCUGUCAGGGCGCGUAGGGUAGGCAACUGAUUGAUGUCAUCUUUGAACCAUUUUAAUUGCCUUUAAACAGUCUUUCUUUUAAGGUGCUAUUAAGUUGGCAGGUAUUUUUGUUAGUAAAGCAUGAAAUAGCUUGGUAAAUAAGACAUGUUUGUAGAAAGUUGUAGUGUACUCAGUUUUAUACUGAUUGUACUUUAGGAAAAUGAAAUUUGUUAUCUUGAAAAACAAAAACAAAAAACAAGCAGAACCAAAAGUAAGGACAGAUAAAACAGCCAACACACACAUGCACACAAACAUCACUCCAGACCACAACCAGAUCCACCAUCAUUACUGUGUAGUAACCAUCAUCCCAGCCCUCUCUGCUUCCAUGAUGGAAGGUAACUGAAUGUUUUUAUUGUAUUCAUUGUUUGCUUUCCUAAUGGUGUCGACUGCUUUAUAUCAGGCAGCACUGUUCUCCUUAUGUAUCAUCUUGUUUCCAUCUCUUUUUCCUUUGCAUUCAUGAUAACUCUCUUGUUUUAAGAGAUUUGCUUUUUCUUUGCAUGUUUUCAGCUAUUACGUGUUUGUAGUUCUCCGAUGGUGUUGUUUUGGUCCUCUUUGCUUUCUUAACCUUAUUUGUCAUGUUUCCUUCUUAUUGUUAUAUUAAGAUCUCAGCUCUGAAGUCUUGUUUUCUUAAAUUCAUUGUAUUCUUUUUUUUCUAGAGCUGUUACUGUGCAACUGUUGUUUUUUUUUUUAAUUGGAUAUGUUUUCUCUGGCUUGCUAUUUACCUCUCUCUGAUUUUUCUGUGUUAUGCCUCACCUUCCUCCCAUUCCAUUUUUUCACUUCAUACUCCUUCCGAGGGUGAGCAGCCCUGUCCAGACCUCUAUGGUCCACCCUGCCACCCAGAGAGGAGGGUUUUGGACUUGGAUCUUGGGGAGGUGUCUGCUGGGCAGCAUGAAGCUCUCGUUGGAGGACUUGGGUUUUACCGUAUCUUGUGUAUAAUGCGUAGUUUUUGCCCAAAUUUUUGAGGGAAAAAUAAGGAUGCACAUUAUACAGGGGUUAGUACCUGAAAUGCUUGUGUCUGUUUUUGUGUUUUUUAAUUAUUUGUUACAUAAAAUUUCUCAUACCAUAGUAUGUUCAAAAAUAAAUGCUAAAAUUCCUUCAUAAUACAAAAACAAGUAUAUAAAUAUAAAUAAAUAAAUAAUUGAAUUAAAAAAUUAAAAUGAAAGAUUUUUUUCCUGAAAGU